AUGAAUAUCCUCGCGCAUCUUCUUGCCAUCGUCGCGAUUGUGUCGCGUGUGAAGUGUGAAUUGAGCACGUUUGGGUAUUGCAUUAAGAACAAGCCCUACUUGGGAGUGAUUCCUUGUCUGGGCGAACAGGCUCUGCACACCCUGCAGUCCAUCGAGGAAGCGGACAACUACACGAUCACCAAUGGAUUAUCGAUGGUUCGCGAUGAAGGUUACUCAAUGCCAAGAUCAAUUCCGUUCAAUUUUCUCGACCGUGACACACUCAAUUUGAGAACAUUGCUCGAUCAAACCGGAGUUAUCCUCAGUCAGAGAUCACUGCAAUGGGACAUGAGCACCCUUUACCCGGGCUUGAUGAUGAGAGUGGGACCUGCCGGGGAUUCCAACAGCGUUCUGGAGUUCGUCAUGGAUAAUCCGCAUGGACAGGAGCUUGACGACAGAGCUGGAGAGCCCACAACGGCUCGUCUUCUGACGAAGAGCCUUAUUUUGCCCUUCCUUCUGGGUCUGAAGUUCAAUCUGGCUGUCCUUCUUCCCAUCAUCUUGGGCGUGCUGAUAUUGAUUGGAAAGAAAGCUGUUUUCUUGAGCAAAUUGGCUCUUCUCUUGACGGGAGUUUUCGGAGCUGGAGGCGUUGCAUCCCUCUUUGGUUUGGCCUCAAAACCCAUCAGCGGCAUUGGUUUAGGCUUGGGAGGUUUAGGAUUGGGCUCAUACGGAGGAUUAGGUUAUCAAGUUCACGAUCAUCAUUACAAGGACUAUCAGGAUUACAAGGACUACAAGAAGAGCACUCACAGACACUUCGAAACCACCCAGAAGCCUUUCGAAUCAGAUCGCUUUUAUGACUAUGAGACGAAGUUCUUUAACAAGAGAGGCGGUCCUCAAGUAUACGAAAGGGAAUCCACUGACUUCAAGACGGAUUCAUCCACGGAGCCAACAAGUGCCGCAUCGGAAUUUGUGUCACGAAAUGAUUACAAGAAUUUUGCGUGGCACACAAUUAAGCAGUGA